CACGGUCUAGAUACAGCGAAUAAAGCCGUGUGGUGACGUUAUGUGUGGACUCGUCUCAAGUUCCUGCUAGAUUUUCUCAUGAACACUGUGGUACAGUCAUCAACAUGUUCUUUUCCUGUCGGAUGAUACUUCUGUUGUCUGCAGUUGAGUGCGCAGCCUCCCUCCAGUGCUGGAAGUGCAUAGCAGAUAACUGUGAGGAGGACCCGGAUGGAAACUACAAAGCUGUGAAGAUGACCUGUGCCUCGGAGCGGAGCUCUUGCAUGAAAGUGGAGUACUCGUUGGACCAUAACCACACAGGCAACAUCCGCAGGUCUGUGGUGAGAACCUGCUCUGCUGGACCAUGCGUCCCCGUCACAGACAACCAGUUUUCUGACUGUGCCACCAAAAAGAACCACCACGUGCUUGGCUGUAUCAAACGUCAGUGUUGUGACGACAGAGAUAUGUGUAAUGGCGGACGUAGUGGCGUCAUCAAUGUAGGGAUGUUCCUUAUUCUCAUCUCUGUAAGUUUUAUUGGACAUAUAUUGGAUCAUUAACGGACUGUCUCCCACGUAAUGACUACCCGGCCUGUCUCGCUUGACGUCGGCCAGCACGAUUCUAUAUUGGAAUUAUUUUCUGUGAUCCUAAUAUGACAGUUCAAUUUUUUUACGUUUGGUUUUUUGUUUUCAAAUGGAAGUGUACAUCUAAUUUCGGUUCUGCGCGGAACAGCGUUUCGUUUAAAACGGAUUUCGUGUUCUACGGACUAUUUUCAUGGGCUCCGGCGACGGUUUACCGUCACGACGCCAUUAAUAGCCGAGGUUGUUAGCGGAUUAACCCGAGCAGGUCCGAAUGGGGUUAUGACUUCACAGAAGUGAAUACAAACUUUGCAAAACGGAUCCGAAAGGACACCAUUCGAGAACGGAAAAGAACAGUGCAUCAGUUAUUUGCCUAGAAGGAAGAAGGAUCAUGCAAAACCAGGCUUCUAUAUGUGUUCGUAAAGUGCUCAUUAUGUAAAGCAUGUAUAUACUUGAUGUGACCAUUGUUUACCGAUUUUAGUUUCCCAGAUCUCUUAAUUUAUUGGUGUUCAUGUAUUACAAAAAGGAUCCUUCCUGUAUUACAAUACGGAUCCGGACUCUCCACCGCCAUCUGGUGCCUAUCUUCAGAACUACCAUUUAAUCAAGGUUCUGUGCUUUGAGUGUCCAUAGAAACCAUAGACACGGCGCAAUGGGAAGUAUUAAUAAUCCCACUCAAAUGUAAUAUAUAGCUGGCAAGUGCAGCCUUAUUGAUAUCCGGUCAUAGAGCCCGCUGCCGCUUUGUGCAGUUAACCUGGAUCUGAUAUUAAGUGAUUACAGCAGGGGUGGGGUGGGGGGAUGAUGAUGAUGUGUAACGUGCGUCAGGUGCAUGUGGUAAGCGUCUCUCUCUCUUUCUCUCCUCCCUCUCUCUCUCUCCCUCCUCAAAGCAAGCUGUUUGUCGGGACUGUUAUUUUAGUUCAUAAUUGAGAGAGUCACUGAGAGAGUUGUCCGGAUUAUGGAGCAACCCGGUUUACAAAGAGUCCGGAUUUGACAGACUCCAUUGUUUAUCCAAAGCCACUGACAUAUUGCUUAUCGAAUGCUUAACCUGCACACACGCACCCUUUCAUAAAACGGACCCCGCAUUUGCAUUUGGUACACCCUCGAUUAUCCAGUAUAUCGUACUUUAAUUCUAUUAUGAUAAAUAAUAUGAAGAUAUGCACCGGAUAACCGGGUAUCUAAUCUGGCUGAUGGUGUGCAAUCAUAUACCCAGAGUGAAUUGGUGAAACUUUCCAACACUCACUGCUGUGUAUUGCUUAGAUUAAUUUCUUCUGUCAUCAAUGUGGUAUUUUUCACUAUGGCCUGAAACCCACCAUCCAUUUAUGCCCACAACCCAUGUAUCUGCCGACGUAAUUUCCGUUAAACCUGGCCAUGCACGCGCCCUCUCUUGGCAGAUUGCUAUCGACGUUAUACCACCGAGAUGCUACAUCCGGGACUUCGCGGUCGAUAUCAGUGUCGUUGGGACGUCACGAUUGAUUUGUUGAAAUUUAAUCCCUGUAAUGGGUGUUCGUGAAGACAAAGCGAACUCUUCGACAGAGUGCUGUGCUAAAGGACUGUUAAACCAAAUCUGGGCCCGGUCGAUUGGCGGUCCCAGAAAAUUUGAUUAAGGAAUCCACAGCGCUUUUUGUCAGACUGUAAGUGAUUCUUAAUGGUGUAUAUUAUACCGCUGCAAUUACCAUGUACCGAGAGUAUGCCUGGCAUGGCUCUUUGGAAUCGGCCUUUGGGGUAUUCAAAGAUACAUAUUCCAUAUCCUCCUGCUUAUUGCAGUUGAUUGUUGGCAUUGUUGCCAAACAUUGCCUCCAGUAGCCUUUAGCAGACCGGUUGUCAAGGAGAAUUCCAGGAUCACUGAAUUCCUGGCAUAUAUAUUUCCAGUACUGAAACCCAACGUUGCCUAUCGUCCUGUUAAUGAAAUUGCUCGUAUCAGAGAUGAUAUGCCGAUCUAUCGAUACCAGGUCACUGCCUCUAAAAACACAGAACACAGUUAAGGCUUUAUUGAACACCUUUGCUUCUGCUCGAACCGCCGUUUGCUCUCAAUUUUUAUAAACAGUCCUUAAGAUGAUUAACUACUGUUAAAAACGACUCUUUCAACUCAAAUUUAAUCUUUGUACGUGACUUCAUCACACGUCAUACUAUUCACGGUGUGUGAGACUCACGAGGGAAGCUAGCUUCUGACCGGGCACUUGAUCCACAGGGGGCGUCACAGGACAUAGAAUUGUUUUCUUUUUGAAUUUCUGACUAAAUUGAUUAAAAUCUGCCCCCCCUCCCCGAGCGAUUUUACGUGGCCUAUUACCCCGAACGCACUCACUUUAUUACCUCUUACGAAUACUUUUAAGGACAUAUGCUUUUCACUCUGUUGUAGAGGCAGGUAUGUAAAAUUUGCAUGGUUAUUUCAACGGUGAGUGCAUUUUGUCACUUAUAGGCACUUACGAAUACUUAUCUAGUAUAUGAGGAUCUAAAGACAGGAAGGUGGCCAUCCUGGUCUCUGCUAAAAGUAUCCUCCUACCACAUAUCUGUUGCUCUUACAACUCGUUUUUCCCAUGACUAGAAUAGCUGGGAAAUAAAUAGGCAAUCUGGAAUACCCCGGAGAGAGGGCUCGAUCAUAGUGACCGGUCUGACAUUUUCCGAUUUAACAGAAAUGUUUUCCAUUAGUUUUCUGAUAAGCUGAAGCCAGAAGAAAAUUUGGCUCGUCUGUUUGCUGGAAGUACUAAAUGAGUGUCUAUAUAGCUUUGUAGGGAAUGCUGACGUCAGUAAGGUUGCUAUUCGUUCACUUGACUUACUUACGUCUAGAGCAAAUCUGUGUUAAUAUAGUAAAUAUAGUUUUGUAUCACCUCCGAGCUAGGUGUAAAAUAUACUCCGGGAGUUAUAUGAUGAUAUUACUCACAUCAAGAUCAGGGGCGGUGGGGUAGCCAAGUGGUUAAAGCACGGGCUUGUCACGCCGAAGAUCCGGGUUCGAUUCCCCUCAUGGGUACAAUGUAAGAAGCCCAUAUCUGGUGUCCCCCGCCGUGAUAUUGCUGGGAUAUUGCUAAAAAGCGGCAUAAACCAUACUCUCUCACAACAAGAUCCAUUUUAGAAUUGAUCUGCAGCAACCUUUGCUUGUAACCACUUGGAUCUGUUGAUGCAUGUUAUCGUAUCCCAAUUACGUAAAAAGGGUGCUCACAAUGUCAAUCACUGGAUUGUCUUGUCCAGGCUCGCCUAUUUAAUUGGCGGUCAUCAAACACCGCUGUGUCAAACCAUGAUGUGUCGAAAUCACAGUUGACUCGAAAGUAAAAGCUAGGUCCUUGUUAGUCACCAUGUUGCGUUGGUGUCGUAAUUCAGAUAACUCGAAGUACUUUAAAUACACAGGUCCCUUCAACCGACACAUCGACUGUAGCUGGAAUAUUGCUGACUGCAGCGUUAAACACCAAACAAACGAACAAACACAUUAACGUGAACAAAUGCGUCCCCUUAGCACAUUAUAAUCAUGUGUGUAUAUUUACUAAGGUAAAUCUGUGUACAUACGGAAGUAACAUAGUACAUUCGUUCGCGGUAUAGUGUAAGCUCUAAGAUAAUAAACCACUUCAUUGACACUUGCUAUGACAAUACAUAUGGCCUAUGUAACCGGCAUCAUUACUCCAGUUCAACAUGCCCUUAAUCACUUCAAACUCGUAUCAAAUGCGUUAUCAAAUUUGUUUCUAAAGUAGAUGAUAACAGCUUAUAAUGCGUUUUCAUCGUGUUAUCUGGUUAUCCGUGUAUGUUUGAGUUGUUGAAGUUGGAUAACAUUUAUGGUAUUUUACACACCAGUUACACGAUUAUUUUUUGUGAAGUUUAAGCUCAAUUUAUGCCCAAAAUGUUUUGUUUGUUUCUUUGAAUAAAUUCAGAUUUUGUA